UAUUUAGUAGGCCUACCUGACUGGGAAGAGAAAGGCCUGCUAUGUGGGCUUCUGUGAACUAUAUUUAUAGGCAGUUGAUUACUCCUGCCUAGUUUAAAUAUUCUGCUUUUUUUUGUGUCUGUGAUCGACUGGUUCUACUGAAGCACAAUGCAAAGUGAAGAGUCGGUUGCAGGUUCAUCGACUGAUGGCCACAAUGAAUUGGAUUUUAAAUGUUUAUUAUUGAUAAUAUAUUUAUAGAAAAUAGACCAGCUGUCGACGCUGGUCAUAAACGGAGACUAUAAUUCCAAGAGGGUUGUGAAUCGUAUUAGCUUGUUUGUAUGUGGCAAUAACCGGGUAAAUAAGCUAGCUAACGUUAGCAAUGGUUCUAAUGAUGGAAUCGCAAUGCGAGUAUUUUAUGUAUUUCCCUGCUGUUCCCAUCACGGACCUUUCCGACCCGUCAAAAUACCGAACUCUCCCCCGUCGCAGUCACCUCUAUCUCGGUGAGACCGUGCAGUUCUUGUUGGUCCUGCGGUCCAGAGAUGAAAGGUCAGGUUCGGACGGGACAAAGAGAAACGGGGAUAGUGACUGCGGUACCCGGGCUUGGAAGGAGCUGGUAGGGUCCCUCUCCGCUGUAGCAAGUGUGUGCCCUGGCGAGAGCCGACAUCGCUCCCAACUUCACCCCCACGAGUUCCAGAGAAGCUACAGUGACGACGGUGCAGACGAGGACCCCGACGAGGUCGACUUUGCUGCGGGUACAGCCCAUAUAGGCAGAAGGGAGUCCAGGAACCGAGGCUUCAGAGAAUGCAAGCCGCUUCUCAUUCACAAUAACACAGGGAGUGAUGGGCGGCAGUAUCGGCGGGCACCGAUGCAGUCACCCAUGGACAAGCCAGUGGUACUGAACGAUGAGGUCAUCUUCCCUCUGACCGUCUCAUUGGACAAACUCCACGUCAACACGCUCAAGGUCAAGAUCGUGGUGACAGUGUGGAAGCAGGAGAAGGAGAAGGCAGAGAUCAGGGAACAUGGUUACCUCACCAUCCUACAGCUGAGGAGUCCCACACACACCUUCAGACAGGACCUCAACACCUUUAAGGCCCAGGUCAGCACCACCCUGAGUGUUCUUCCUCCUCCGACUGUGAAAUGUCAACAGAUUACCGUCUCCGGGAAGCACCUGACACUUCUCAAAGUAUUAAACUCCAGUUCCCAGGAGGAGGUGUGUGUUAGGAACGUGAGGGUUCUUCCUAACUUCAACGCGUCCUACCUCCCCAUGAUGCCUGAUGGCUCUGUACUCCUAGUGGACAAUGUCUGCCACCAAUCAGCGGAGGUUACCAUGGCAUCAUUCCACAGAAUGAACAGUAGCUCCUCCCACCUUCCCAGCAUGCUCUCUGCCCUGGAGGAGCAGAACUUCCUGUUUCAGCUGCAGCUCAGAGACCAGCCAGAGGAAGAGUCCAGCGAGGGUCUGGAGGUUCCAUUGGUGGCUGUGCUGCAAUGGUCUACCUCUAAGCUUCCAUUUACCAGGUACAUUUCGACCCACUACCAGCUACCCAGCGUGAGACUGGACCGCCCCCGUUUGGUGAUGACAGCUUCUUGUCAGAGUUCCGUGCGGCCGCUGGAGCACUUCCGGGUCAAAUACACCCUCCUCAACAACCUGCAGGACUUCCUGGCUGUACGCCUGGUCUGGACACCCGAAGGACGUGGUCGGCAGGAGGACCCGUCAGCGAGUUCUGUGGUGUGUCACUCCCCCCUCAACAACUUGGGACAGUGUCGGAAAGGAUCCACCCUCUCCUUCACAGUUGCCUUCCAGAUUCUCAAGGCAGGACUGUUUGAGUUAAGCCAGCACAUGAAGCUGAAGCUCCAGUUCACAGCGUCCUGUUCCAACCCCCCUGCUGAGGCCAGGCCCAUGUCUCUGUCCCUGUCCCGUCACAACUCUCCCUCCAGCCCUGCUGUUAGAGACCUGCUGGACAGACAGAGUCUGGGACGGUCACAGAGCUUCUCUCACCAACAACCCUCACGGUCACAUCUUAUGAGGACGGGCAGUGUUAUGGAGCGCCGGGCCAUCACUCCUCCAGUGGGAUCUCCAGUGGGUCGACCCCUCUACCUUCCCCCCGAACGCCCUGUCCUCUCACUGGAUAAGAUCGCCAAGAGAGAGUGUAAGGUAUUGGUACUGGAACUUGGAAGAGACUGGGAGAGGGAGGGAGGGUUGGAGGAAUGAGGUAGAGAGGAAAUAAGAGAUGUAACGGGAGAUUUAGAGGGGGGGUGGCAUUUCUCAUUGAGCAUUUCAUCCAACCUGAAACAAAAUGCAAAAACUGUUUCACACAAAAAUACAGACCACAGUCACCACACUGAAUGACUUACUCUACAUGAUCCACAUCAUUUCAAGACACCGGAGGAGUUACUUUCGACACAAUUCUUUUUUCUUUUUUUUUACUAUUAUUUCAACAUUCUGUUUUAUUCCUUGUUUUAUGUCUUGGUGUGUAAUUAAAUAUGUAAAUAACUGUUUUACACCAAAAAACAUUGGGUGGCGAGCUAGAUCUGCAGUAAUAUUUGGGCUGCCAUUUAACGUGAAAUUCACAGGGUUUGGUUAAUUAAUCAACUUUUAAUAUAUUGUCUAACUAACACUGUUCUGCAUGCGACAUGUUUGAUGUAAAACUUUGGAUGUUAAAGCUAGAGUCCUUGAGUCAAGCAAUAACAAGCCCACCCUGCCUCUGUUUUUGUAAAAAAAGCUUUGGGAUGGGCCUGGAGUGAUGUAACCACUGUCAUAGACAGAGCUAUGGAUGCAAGGACUGACCUUCUAUGAUAUCAACAUUAUAAUUUAGCCAUGUUUUGAGGCUGUACAGUGUUUUGUUUACAUUGUUUUACUCCAAUGUUUGUAAGGAAACUUAUAUUUUGGGUUCUGAUGGGGUACGGCAGCUGCUCAUGAGGCAUUUAUAAUAUUCUUCAAGAAUCAAUGGGUGUAUAUAAUUCAUAAGUAAAACAAAAUUGAUGUAGCAACUAAGGAUUUUAGCUUUAACAAAAGCACCAGGAUGACCCAGAGAAUGGGCUGAGUUCGGUGUCAUUGUGGAAAAACUGUAGUUUCAUUCUUGUUACAAUGUGUUGUGGUUUAGUGACUAAGGGCCACAGUCUCUACACUGAAUUUAAAACAUUUAAUAUUUUGUCUUUACACUGACUAUCAGAGAUUUUGUGUUUAUGCUAAGUGUAGUUGUCUGAUUUUGUGUUUAUGCUAAGUGUAGUUGUCUGAUUUUGAUUAUUUUAUCUUGUCAGCAUUGGCUGCUGCUUAAAAAUCUAACAUCUCAUCUCCUUAGUACACUACAUAUUAGUACACACUCCAUGAUAGGGAAUAAUCCUGCUUCCUUUUCAGUCAUUUGUCUUUCCUUUGCGUCCCUAUACAACCUACAGACUAAUGGAUUUAACAAUGGUGGAAACUCUCCAAUCCAAUACUUUCACAUCCAAGCCGGGAAAUUGUGCAAGUGCACAUUUUGGGAGAAGGGUGGAGAAUUGGGACAUAACCUGCCACUGUGGUUCACAGCUGUUAAAAGGUUUACUGGUUGAGCCUGUUGAUCGUUGAGGUCAUUCACACUUUACCUUAUUAUUAGGGAUUUAGUCCUCUUGGGUAAUCCAGAAUAGUGCAUUAUUUAAAGUCAGUCCCUGUAGAUGUUUUCAACUGUUUCCAUUUGUGUUAUGAACGAUCGUGGUGUGUGUGUGUUGUAUGCUUCUGAAUGAGCCUAAAACACUGGAUGUAUAUUGUAUUUUCAUUUUAUUUUCUGGUUCAUAAACCAAUAGGAAUGGCCAAGAGGUAUCUAUUCCCGAUGUAAAAGACAAUGUGAUAUUCGGUGGGGACAUUUCAAACAAUCUACUAAGUGGUAUGCCUCAUUUUCCCUGGACACAAACUACUUUCUUGUGUAUCCUUUGUUCAUUUCUAUAUCUUAUCAAGAAGGACAUAAGAGACUUGAGUAGAGGAUGUAGUUUGCUAUUAUCGUGUUUGUUUUUUUGUUUUAUUUCUGAUUAAAAAAACUCAUUGCAUUGUUGGAAAAGGACCCGUAAAUAAGCAUUUCACUGUUAGUCUCCACCUUUUUUAAUUUCACUGUUAGUCUCCACCUUUUUUAAUUUCACUGUUAGUCUCCACCGUUUUUAUUCCGAAGCAUGUGACAUUUUUUGUUGUUGUUGAUUCCAGACUUUGUAAGGCUAGUGAGAGAUCAUUGGUAAAGAAUAGAGAACAGUAAAGGACCGAGACAGCUACCUUGCAAAAUACCACAUUUCCAUUACAGAAGACCCUCUGUGUUAUAUUGGAUAGAUACAGUGCAUUCGGAAACUAUUCAGAUCCUUUUACUUUUUCCACAUUUUGUUAGGUUACAGCCUUAUUCUAAAAUGGAUUACAUCGUUUUUCCCCCCUCAUCAAUCUACACACAA